ACCAUUCAGACAUGUUACCCUACUGGAUUUUUUUGCUACUGCUUUGUGGACAGGAGAUCCUGGGCGAACAUAAAAAUGAAUCUGCCAUAGAACCCCGCAUUGUGGGCGGAACCAAGGCGAAGGAGGGUCAAUUUCCCCACCAGAUUUCCCUGCGUCUUCGAGGAAACCAUUAUUGCGGUGGUGCUAUAAUCUCGGCCACCCAUGUCAUCACCGCGGCCCAUUGUGUGAGGGAUGGCAAUAACGUAAUUCCGGCGGAUCUGUGGUCAAUUCAGGCGGGCAGCCUACACAUCUCGAGCGGAGGAGUUAGAAUUCCUGUGGCUGAGGUUAUUGUGCAUCCCGGGUACACGGAAUACGGGGAUUACGAUCUGGCCGUGGUGCGUCUGCAGAGUCCCCUGACCUUUGACUCCAAUAUCGCCGCCAUCCCACUGGCCACCGAGGAUCCGCCCAACUGUGCCUCUGUGGACAUUUCCGGUUGGGGCUACAUCGCCGAAAAGGGUCCCUCCUCCGAAAGUUUGUUGUUCGCCAGGGUUACGAGUGUGUCGCGGAAGCUGUGCAAGCUGUUCUACUAUCCCUGGUUGCCGGAGACCAUGAUAUGCCUGGUCCACACGAAGGACAAGGGGGCCUGCUACGGCGACUCCGGCGGACCGGCCACCUACAACGGCAAAGUGGUGGGCCUGGCCAGUCUGCUGCUCACCGGCGGCUGCGGAGGAGCGGGUCCAGAUGGCUACCAGCGGAUAUCCAGGCUGAGGGGCUGGAUCGCCGAGAAGGCGGGCUUGUAAAGUAUAACAUCUCUAUUUUGUUUAGUCUCAUGCAUUUUGGCACCCUAACUAUCAAAUAAUAAUGAGCAUUUUAAAAAUAUAC